UUAAUUCAAAAGGCUAUGCUGUACAAUUCCGUUAUUUGAUUCUCAUUACGCUUUUUCUUUUAUGCCUUUCACGCAUGCGCAAAAAUUUGACUUCCUUUUCCGGGUGCUAUAGAAAAAUUGCACAAGCACGUAAGACAAUGCAGUUGUUCAUUCGUGGUACACAGACCCAUGUGGUCCAAGUGAAUGGAGCAGAAACAGUUGAAGAUGUUAAGGCUCUCAUAGCUGACAAGGAAGGUUACUCUGUUGAGGACCAGGUUAUCUUGUAUGGAGGCAAGCCCUUGGACUCUGGCCUUCUGGCAAAUCUUUGUGAAGAUUUGACCACUCUUGAGGUCAACAUUAAAAUGCUGGGAGGUAAAGUGCACGGAUCUCUGGCUCGUGCUGGUAAAGUAAAGGGACAGACACCAAAGGUUGAUAAGCAAGAGAAGAAGAAAAAGAAGACUGGGCGAGCUAAGAGACGUAUGCAGUACAACAGACGUUACGUCAAUGUAGUACAAGGCUUUGGCAGAAGGAAGGGACCUAAUGCUAACUCAUAAAUUACAAACUUGUACAUAACAUUAAAUAAAAUAAAUGUGAAACAAGA